GGAACUCAAAAGCAGCUUCACCUUGACAUGAGCUACUACCAUGGGGUCCACUCCAAUGACUUUAAAUUUAAACCCAACCCAAGCUUCACAGAACCCUGUGUGAGUGUGAGCGUCAGCUACAACGCAACGCAAUGGUUUACAUAACUUCGUGGGAUGAAUUCGUGGAGCGAUCGGUUCAGUUGUUCCGUGCCGAUCCUGAUUCUACGCGGUAUUUGAUGAAGUACCGGCAUUGUGAGGGCAAGUUGGUACUCAAGGUCACCGAUAAUCGACAGUGUCUGAAGUAUAAGACAGACCAAGCACAAGAAGCCAAGAAGAUGGAAAAACUUAAUAAUAUAUUCUUUACUUUGAUGGCUCGGGGACCAGAAGUGGAUCUAUCAGAAGUCACUGGGAAAGAACCAAUGGAUACACAAACGACCAAGAGGGGAAGGGGAAGAAAGCAAUAACUAAAUGUAUCUAGCUGACAAAAUAGUCUUCAUGAAUCUUGGGAAAUCAAUAAUGACUUGAUAUUUUCCCCCCCAAAAUCAUAUGGCAGUGUCUUCAUUGCAUUUACAAUUUUUUUUUUGUUGUUUUCUGAAUUCUUCUUUCUCCAAUAUUAUUCUUGGGUAUGGUUUUACCUACAACAAAGUUAUUGGCUCGUUAA